AUGAAUAAGCACCAAGAAACUGGUCCUGAUAGCAAAAUUUGGAAAAAGCCAAGGAAAUUUUUUGCUAAUAUUAUAGAUAUAUAUGGAAAGAUAUGGCAUGGUUAUGAACUUACUGGUAUAGAACAUAUCCCUAAAGGACCAGGGAUUAUUAUUUAUCAUCAUGGAGUUAUGUCUAUCGGCUAUGUCUUUUUUGCGGCUAGAUAUUUUUUAGAGACGGGGAGAGCAUGCUUUUCAUUAAUGCAUCAUGUCGCGUAUUGGAUACCAGGGCUGCAGAUGCUUUAUUAUGUGCUCGGGUUGAAAUCUUACAAGAAAGCUGAAAUUGUGGAAAUGAUGAAGAAAGGCCGUUUACUGGGCAUUGCACCUGGUGGAGGUAGAGAAGCACUGUAUAGUCACGAUUACGGCAUAAUGUGGGGUAAACGCAAAGGUUUUGCUCAGGCAGCUUUGGAGGCGAAAGUGCCCAUCAUCCCUAUUUUUACACAAAACAGUUGUGAAGCAUACAGGACCAUUGGAAAGACAAGGCUGACAAAAUGGCUGUAUGAGAAAACUCGAUGUAUGUUUCUUCCCAUUUACGGAGGUUUUCCAGUGAAAUUGAGGACAUUUAUUGGAGAACCCAUCCCAUAUGAUCCAAAUAUAACAGCUGUAGAGCUGGCUGAAAGAGCGAAGAUUGCACUUGAAAAUCUUCGGGAUAAACACCAAAAAAGGCCAGGAAAUAUAUUAAGAGCUCUUUCAGAACGAUUUGAUAAGCAUUACAAAGCUAACUAG